AGGGCGGGCUGAAGCAGCCGAGGCGGCGGCGGCGACGGCGGCGGCGGCAGCGGCAGCGGCAGCGGCAGCUCGGACAGAGGGGCGGGAGCCGAGGCGGGAGCGGACGGGCUGGUGGGCGAGCGAGAGGCGGCGGAAUGGUGGACUACCACGCGGCGAACCAGUCGUACCAGUACGGCCCCAGCAGCGGGAGCAAUGGCGCCGGCGGCGGGGGUAGCAUGGGCGACUACAUGGCCCAGGAGGACGACUGGGACCGGGACCUGCUGCUGGACCCGGCCUGGGAGAAGCAGCAGCGCAAGACCUUCACAGCCUGGUGCAACUCCCACCUGCGGAAGGCCGGCACGCAGAUCGAGAACAUCGACGAGGACUUCCGAGAUGGCCUGAAGCUCAUGCUCCUCCUGGAAGUCAUCUCUGGGGAACGGUUACCCAAGCCGGAGCGGGGCAAGAUGCGAGUGCACAAGAUCAACAAUGUGAACAAGGCGCUGGACUUCAUCGCCAGCAAGGGGGUCAAGCUGGUCUCCAUUGGGGCCGAAGAGAUCGUGGACGGCAACGCAAAGAUGACCCUGGGAAUGAUCUGGACCAUCAUCCUCAGGUUCGCCAUCCAGGAUAUCUCUGUGGAAGAGACGUCUGCCAAGGAAGGGCUCCUUCUCUGGUGCCAGAGGAAGACCGCCCCGUAUAAGAACGUCAACGUGCAGAACUUCCACAUCAGCUGGAAGGACGGUCUUGCCUUCAAUGCCCUGAUCCACCGGCACAGACCGGAGCUGAUCGAGUAUGACAAGCUGAGAAAGGACGACCCAGUCACCAACCUGAACAAUGCCUUUGAAGUGGCCGAGAAAUACCUAGACAUUCCCAAGAUGUUGGAUGCAGAGGACAUUGUGAACACGGCCCGGCCCGACGAGAAGGCCAUAAUGACCUAUGUGUCCAGCUUCUACCAUGCCUUUUCGGGAGCGCAGAAGGCUGAGACGGCCGCCAACCGGAUCUGCAAGGUGCUGGCUGUCAAUCAGGAGAACGAGCACCUGAUGGAAGAUUACGAGAGGCUGGCCAGCGAUCUCCUGGAGUGGAUCCGGCGCACGAUCCCCUGGCUGGAGGACCGCGUGCCCCAGAAGACUAUCCAGGAAAUGCAGCAGAAGCUGGAGGACUUCCGCGACUACCGGCGUGUGCACAAGCCGCCCAAGGUGCAGGAGAAGUGCCAGCUGGAGAUCAACUUCAACACGCUGCAGACCAAGCUGCGCCUCAGCAACCGGCCCGCCUUCAUGCCCUCCGAGGGCAAGAUGGUCUCGGACAUCAACAACGGCUGGCAGCACCUGGAGCAGGCCGAGAAGGGCUAUGAGGAGUGGCUGCUGAACGAGAUCCGCAGGCUGGAGCGGCUCGACCACCUGGCGGAGAAGUUCCGGCAGAAAGCCUCCAUCCACGAGGCCUGGACCGAUGGGAAGGAGGCCAUGCUGAAGCAGCGGGACUAUGAGACGGCCACCCUGUCGGACAUCAAAGCCCUCAUCCGCAAGCACGAGGCCUUCGAAAGCGACCUGGCCGCACACCAGGACCGCGUGGAGCAGAUUGCGGCCAUCGCCCAGGAGCUCAACGAGCUGGAUUACUACGACUCCCACAACGUCAACACCCGGUGCCAGAAGAUCUGCGACCAGUGGGAUGCCCUCGGCUCUCUGACCCACAGCCGCAGGGAAGCCCUGGAGAAAACAGAGAAGCAGCUGGAGACCAUUGACCAGCUGCACCUGGAGUACGCCAAGCGGGCAGCCCCCUUCAACAACUGGAUGGAGAGUGCCAUGGAGGAUCUCCAGGACAUGUUCAUCGUGCACACCAUCGAGGAGAUCGAGGGCCUCAUCUCAGCCCAUGACCAGUUCAAGUCGACACUGCCAGACGCCGACAGGGAGCGCGAUGCCAUCCUGGCCAUCCACAAGGAGGCCCAGAGGAUCGCCGAGAGCAACCACAUCAAGCUGUCGGGCAGCAACCCCUACACCACCGUCACACCCCAGAUCAUCAACUCCAAGUGGGAGAAGGUGCAGCAGCUGGUGCCUAAGCGGGACCAGGCCCUCCUGGAGGAACAGAGCAAGCAGCAGUCCAACGAGCGCCUCCGCCGCCAGUUCGCCAGCCAGGCCAACAUCGUGGGGCCCUGGAUCCAGACUAAGAUGGAGGAGAUCGGGCGCAUUUCCAUCGAGAUGAACGGGACCCUGGAGGACCAGCUGAGCCACCUGAAGCAGUACGAGCGCAGCAUCGUGGACUACAAGCCCAACCUGGACCUGCUCGAGCAGCAGCACCAGCUCAUCCAGGAGGCCCUCAUCUUCGACAACAAGCACACCAACUACACCAUGGAGCACAUCCGUGUGGGCUGGGAACAGCUGCUCACCACCAUCGCGCGCACCAUCAACGAGGUCGAGAACCAGAUCCUCACCCGCGACGCCAAGGGCAUCAGCCAGGAGCAGAUGCAGGAGUUCCGCGCCUCCUUCAACCACUUCGACAAGGACCACGGCGGGGCGCUGGGGCCGGAGGAGUUCAAGGCCUGCCUCAUCAGCCUGGGCUACGAUGUGGAGAAUGACCGGCAGGGCGACGCCGAGUUCAACCGCAUCAUGAGCAUGGUUGACCCCAACCACAGUGGCCUCGUGACCUUCCAAGCGUUCAUCGACUUCAUGUCGAGGGAGACCACCGACACAGACACGGCCGACCAGGUCAUCGCUUCCUUCAAGGUCCUGGCAGGGGACAAGAACUUCAUCACGGCCGAGGAGCUGCGGAGAGAGCUGCCCCCCGACCAGGCCGAAUACUGCAUCGCCCGCAUGGCGCCCUACCAGGGCCCCGACGCCGUGCCCGGUGCCCUCGACUACAAGUCCUUCUCCACAGCCCUGUACGGCGAGAGCGACCUGUGAGGCCGGCCCUGUGCGGCCCGCGCCCUCCUCGCAGCCUCCCGGAGGGGCUGGGCCCGGCCACUCCUCUGACUCUGUAUCUAUGCAAAGCGCCUGGCAGUCCUUCCUGGGGUGGGCGGGGCGGGGAGGCGCUGGGCCGGCUCUCUUCUCUCUCUGCGUCCUGGCCCUGGCCGGAGGCUGCUCUUCCUCCCCCUGGACGGGGCAUGCGUGCGGGCCUCUGGGCAGCGCUUCUGGUCUGGUAAAUAUAUGUGAUGUGCUUUGUCAUUUUUUUUAACUACAUGGAGGGGCCAGUGGAUCCCCACAGCAAAACAGGCCCCCUCCUAGCCCUCGGAACGCCCUCCACACCCCGGCCCUCCCUUUGUCCCCGAGGUUCCUUCAAGGCUCCCAAAUCCAUCCAGGCCAAAGCCCGACGUGCCUUGUCCAGGAGCCGCCCGGGCCUGCGACGGGCCCAGCAGAGGGCGCCUCGGCUCCCGACAGGACAGGGGACCCCACUCCUGUCUCCCCGCCCCCCCCCAGGUGACUGCCCCACUGAGGGGUGCUGCCCGGCACCCCUGCUCUGCAGCAGAGGAGUGGGGCUGGCAGAUGGCCUUGCCCCCCGCCGGCCCCACCUUGCUUUGUCCGGACCUACGCCUCUCAGAUUUUCUAAGGACCAAAAAAAAAAAAACCCACAAAAAAACAAAAAAUCCACCCACACACAAAAAACUAUAAAAAAAAAAAUUUAAAAACUUUCAGAGAAUUGCUAUUUACUUUAUUAACUUACGGAUUUAUUAUAUAAAUAUAUAUCCACCUAGCACCGUAUCUCUGCCGCCUCUGCUCGUAAUGACGUAGCGAUCGCCCCCCCGCUCCCCCCACGCCCGCUGGUCUCUGUCGUUGUGUGGAGCGAGGGUCUCUGGGACCCUCCCCAGGGGAGGGUGGGCUGCUGGCCUGGCUGCCUGUUAGUUGAUGGUUUUGCUCCCUCCCUGCCCUUUUUUUGAGUUUAUUCUGAUAAUUUUUUUUUCUCGGUUUCUGGAUAAACCACCCUUCUGGGGACAGGAUAAUAAAACAUGUAAUAUUUUUAAGAAGGA